ACAGAUGGGUUGUUGACCAAUCAGAGAUCCAAUUGGGCUAAAGGGAGUUGGCGCUGAGCCAAUGAGAGUAGAAGGAGUGGGCGGAUUUUCCGGCAGUGCGGCUAGUCUGCUCCCCUCCCCCCGUGGCGCUAUCGCCUGACGACCAUCAUCCUUUGCCGACACUAUGGGCUUUUUCUUCAUAUAAAUAAUCGGAGCCGCGACGGCGGCGGGUGGUGCUUUGGGGGUGGAAAGCGGCGGUGGUGGAGGAGGUGGAGGUGGUGUGGGGAUAGAUUGUGGCCCGAGAUUGCGUGGUGGUGGCAGUGGUGUGGUGCGGCUCCUGUCAUGAGUCCGGCCGGGUGCUCCCAUGUGAACAGUUUUAAGGCGGACAAUUGGAAGCAGAGCCUGCGAGUGAUUUACCAGUGCUUUGUGUGGAGCGGGACUGCGGAGAGCAGGAAGAGGAAGGCAAAAUCCUGCAUUUGUCAUAUGUGUGGUGCUCACCUCAACCGGCUCCAUUCCUGUCUAUACUGUGUCUUCUUUGGCUGUUUCACCAAGAAACACAUACACGAGCACGCAAAGUCUAAGCGCCACAACUUAGCCAUAGACCUCUUGUAUGGAGGUAUAUAUUGUUUUAUGUGUCAAGAUUAUAUAUAUGACAAAGACAUGGAACAAAUUGCCAAAGAAGAACAAAGAAAAGCAUGGAAGUUGCAAGGGGUUGGUGAAAAGUAUUCAACAUGGGAACCAACAAAAAGAGAAUUGGAACUACUACGGCACAAUCCCAAACGGAGGAAAAUAACUACAAAUUGUACCAUUGGUCUCCGAGGCCUCAUAAACCUAGGGAACACCUGCUUCAUGAAUUGCAUUGUCCAGGCACUUACCCACACUCCAUUACUCCGUGAUUUUUUCCUUUCCGACCGACACAAAUGUGAAAUGCAGAGUCCCAAUUGCUGUCUAGUCUGUGAAAUGUCUAGGCUAUUUCAGGAGUUCUACUCUGGGUAUCGAUCUCCACAUAUUCCAUAUAGGUUACUGCAUUUGGUGUGGACGCAUGCACGGCAUUUGGCAGGGUACGAACAGCAGGAUGCACAUGAGUUUCUGAUCGCUGCACUAGAUGUUCUACAUAGGCACUGCAAAGGUGAUGAUAACGGGAAGAAAGCCAGCAAUCCAAACCACUGUAACUGCAUUAUUGACCAAAUCUUCACUGGGGGACUGCAGUCUGAUGUCACUUGCCAAGUCUGCCAUGGUGUCUCCACUACGAUAGAUCCAUUCUGGGAUAUUAGUCUAGACCUGCCUGGGUCUUCCACGCCAUUUUGGCCCUUAAGUCCAGGAUCUGAUGGGAAUGUUGUGAAUGGAGAAAGCCAUAUGUCCUCUGGUACUACCACGCUCACAGACUGUCUACGAAGGUUUACAAGACCUGAGCAUCUCGGAAGCAGUGCCAAAAUAAAAUGUAGUGGUUGCCAUAGUUAUCAAGAAUCAACAAAACAGCUUACAAUGAAGAAACUUCCCAUAGUGGCCUGUUUUCAUCUCAAACGGUUUGAACACUCGGCCAAGUUACGGCGAAAGAUCACUACAUAUGUCUCUUUUCCGCUGGAGCUGGACAUGACUCCGUUCAUGGCUUCUAGUAAAGAGAGCAGGAUGAAUGGACAAUACCAGCAGCCUGUGGAUAGUCUAAGCAAUGACAAUAAAGUCCUAUGUGAACAGCACAGGCUGAGAGAGAUGCAACUUGUGUGUAUGUGUGGGCAUGACAUCAUAACUGGCAAGCAACCCAAUCACAAGUAUUCGCUGUUUGCAGUAGUCAAUCAUCAGGGAACACUGGAAAGUGGGCACUAUACCAGCUUCAUUCGACAACACAAGGACCAGUGGUUUAAAUGUGAUGAUGCAAUUAUCACCAAGGCUAGCAUAAAAGAUGUGCUAGACAGUGAAGGGUAUCUCUUGUUUUAUCACAAACAAUUCCUUGAAUACGAGUAGCCUUAUCAGACUGGGGGAAGCCUUCAGAACGAUACACAACCUACCUGAAACUCUAAGUACUGUCAGCACUGAGUGAACCUACUUGACAUUGACUUUGGUCUGAAGGAGUGAGACGGAACACCCAAUGGAAUGAGACUGAGGAGGCACGGGUUAUCCUCAAAGCUGCAGCCCGCAUCUCUGGAAAGAAGGGAGGGGGGAGGGUGCACAUCUCUGCUUCUGUUCCCAUGGUGCUCCAGCUCCAGCUGACCAAGUGUAUAACAAUAAUAACAAACCAUCCCAUUGAUAUGUGAUGGGUUUGAGAGCAAAUCGAUGGUAUUAAUGACUUGCAGAUACACUUCUGUGGAUUUAGAUAUUGAGUACUGUAUGAAACUAGUAGGCAUAUAUUUUCAGAAAAAUGGCCAUUAAAACUGAAUGCAGUACUGAGACAGGUUUUCAGUAUGUAUGUUUUGCCAGAGGACUGCGGAUUGAUGCAACCUGACAGAUCUCUCUAUUGGGCCCAGGUUUGUUUGCCUUCUAGCUUUGUUUUAAUUUUUUCCUGUCAGAAAGGUUCAGAGCAGCUGUGCCGUAAUGAAACUGUACUGGACUUGGUAUUUGUUUAUUGUACAAACGCUCAUGUUUCAAGAUGGCCUUACAUCACAGUGGUGGAAAAUUUUGUGUUUGUGUCUUAAAACAUGCAUGCGUGUACGUGCAUGCAUAGGUGCGCACACGCAUGCACACACAUCAUUGCAGUUUGAAUCGUAGCCACAGUGACUGCUCUGGAUUCUUCCCUUCGGUUUAUUUUUUAAAUUAUGCAGUCUGGGCAUAGCAGUAGAUCGAUGUUUGGGAGCUUUUGCUGUCUUGUCAGAAAGUAGGAUCCAUGUGGCAGUCCGAGUGGCCUUCAUUAUAUGAAACAAUGUGAUCAGACCAGAGGGGCCUGAGACAAGGGAAUGCUGAUGAAAUGCAGCUUGUUAUGUUUAUUCUCUUUUUUUUAUAUUCUGUAUUAGUUGCUUUUGGAACUAUGAUCCACAAAUAGAAUAUUCUGUACAUCUUAAGCAGGAUGGGAUGUUGAGGAGCAACUCCCGAAUAGCUUGUUCCACAGGAGCUGAUAAUUGCUCAUUUCAUAAUGUUGUACAAUCUCGGUUAAGGAAAAGUAAAUUUUUUAUUUAUACACAAAGUCAUAAAACAGAGCAUAACUAUGGUUAACAGAGCAUAACUAUGGUUAACAGUUCACGGUGAUCAGCAAGUAUCCUGGAUGCCAUGUUGAUUCUCAGUAAACUAUCUGGCCCAUUAAGUAUGUCUUUAUAGCACUGUCCCAUUUGUUGCACUAUUUGCCGAAUAUCCUGUUAAGGCUAUUCCCUCACUGGGCUGCUUUAACCCACUGCCUAUAUGAAAUAACGUGUCUUCCCCCACCAGAGCAAGAAGCCAGUCCUUUGUCACUUGCCUUUGGUUAAGCCUUCGUAAAAUACUAUCAUUCAAAUUUGUGUUUCUGAGGACACAUGGCAUCUAUAUUGUGUUUGCUGCAGCUCUGCGUAUUGUGAUGGGUUUUUGUGUAGCUGCUAGCUAUCAGGGCAGCAGAAUAGAGAGAAAUGCAAGGCCUUGUGGAACCAGGUCCAAAUUCUAGCCAUUCAUGUUAGACAGGGUAAUUAUCGUACACUUGGGUAGGAAGUUUUAGCAUCAGUAGCUGGAAUCCCUGUAGGUAUUCACCACCAAAUAUGGAAAAAUUGCAGUUAAAUUCGACAAAAGCAGAAUGCAAAUAAAUCCAAAUCCAAACUGGUGCAAUGUAACUUGCCUCUCAUCUGCUGUUCGUGAGAUGAUUUCAGGUUUAAGUACAGGAUGCACUUUUUUCAGCUGAAUUGAUUCUUAAAUGUUUUUCCAAAUUGACCAAACUGGGUCCCCUUCCCCCACUGUUCCCAUCUGCCCACCCCAUCUCCCUUAUUUGAUUCCACCUUCCUUUCCUAUCAGAUUCCAUCAUCUGCAGCCCUUUUAUUGCCCCACCUAUCACCUCCCUCCCAGCCUCUGUCACUAUUUCCACUCUUUCCUCUUCCAUCUACCUGUCACCUCUCCACAGCUGGAUCUACUUAUCGCUUGCCAGUUCUUGCUCCAUGCCUCCUCACCUCUUUAUACUGACUGUCUCCCCUGUACUCUUUUAGUCCAGAUGAAGGGUCUCAACUGGAUAUGUCAACUGUCCAUUUCCCUCCACAGAUGCUGCUUGACCCUCUGAGUUCCUCCAGCAUCUUGUUUGUUGCUUUGACCAAGCAGUUUGUCCCUAUUGAAAUGCUGCGUUCUCUGGAUAAUUAACCCCUCUGCUUGUCUUGUUUUAGUGUUUCUGAGAUUGAAGAUUGAAUUUGGAAUAUUCCCUUCAGCUGUUCACCUUUUAAAAUACAAUAAUUUGGUUGAACUCCACAAUCUGCUCUAUUCAGUUUGAUCCUCUCAAUAUUUGUCUCUGUAUUUCUUGCCAUGAAAUGAUGUUAGGAAACAGUAAAUGUGUGUGUUCCAGCCUGAAAUUUGACAAACGAUCUCUUCAGGGUGUUUAGAAGGUUAUUCACAAACUAGACAUAUGGCAGAAGGUAUUUGGAUCAUGAGAGACUGUCACGUGAAUCUGCCCACUGGCAAAUAGUCAUCCAUGAGUGAAGCUUCAGACAACCUGUGGAAGCAAUUUUAAAUUGUCCUUUUAUAGCUGCUUUUCCCUUGGCACCUUUGUGUAUUAGCAAAUAAGGUUCCGCAGUGCUUUGCAUUCCUCUGGAUCUCAGAAUUCAAAACUCUUUCACUCGGCUUAAAAAUACAUAUGCAAGUUGAGUUUCAUUUGUGUUCAUUCCUCUGGAAUAGGCCUUUUUAAGUAAGUAUUGGGUUUUCUUGUAACUACAGUGAAGUGUAGAACCUGUGCUGUUUACAUGUAGGUGAAUGCGGUGUAAGUCCCACGCGGGCAUUUCAUAUGCCAUCCCCUGUGUAUCGUGCAGUGCGCCAGAAACUUAAGUAUUUGGGUAUGGCAUGGGCAAUGUCCACAUGGCAGUGUAAGCUACAUUUUGAGAAUUGUUUUCUCGUAUAUUUAAGGUCAAGUGACAAGUUUUCCAUUAUUGUAGAAAGAAAUCUUCCCUCCAUACAUUCCCAUCAGAACUUUUUAAUGUUACUGUGAAGCUGUGCAAACAAAAUGAUUCGUAGAAGAAUUAAUUAUAGUUACAGAUUUCCUGCACUGAUUUUGUCUGAAAUGAUGUAAUAGCUAAUGAUUGUUAACUGAUUUUAGAUCUGAAAGCAAAAAUAAGAUGUUCAACAUAGUUCUUAUAAUCCUGCUGUUAAUACACUGCUAAACAUUGGCUAUAACAUUCAUUUUGGUAGUAUUUUUAGAUGAUCUCCAAAGUAGAAUUGCCAAUGGCAAUGACUUCUUUUAAGGUUUCUAUUUAUUUUCAUUCACAAUUAUGCAAAAAUCUCAAACAUGUCACUUGGCCUUCAGAUUGUCAGUUAUCCUGCAAUGGACUCUUGCUCAACUUAAACAGAUGUGUAGCUCACUGUAGUGGAAUGGAUUCAAUAACAGAAGUGGAAACAUCCAACUGUAAUACAACUGCUUUCACACACUUUGCCCUCAAAAGGCUUACAAAACUAAAAAUCAGCCUCAGCAAUUUGAUAAGUGAUAUGCUCGGCUCAUGAGCUUGAGUAAUCGCAGUGCAUUCUGGGAGUUGCCCUUUUUAUUUGUGGGUAUUAGUGUCUGGUAUACAAAAGCUGCUUAAAAGAAAAUGCAUUUCCUGGAGUGCCAGGUGGGUCAGGCAUUUCCCAUGCUAAGGAUCAUUUGUUAAUGCACUAUCCUCUAUAAAACAAAAUGUAAGGACUCCCAUUAAUAUCCUCCAGACAGGGUAAUGUAUAUUUGAAUUCAGCCCCACUAUGUUAUUCUAGUUCUCCAUUUGUGGUAUUGCCUGCAGUACCAAUUUCAUUUGUAAUCUCAUUUGAUUUUUAUUUUCCAUGUUCUGAAAAAGCAAAAUGUCAAAAUAAAUCAUUUGACUAUGGG